AUGCCUUCUCUCGCCCUACUGACGAGCCCACGAAACUCUCGCUUCAUAAAAUACAUCCUCGCACCCUUCUUCCUCUGGUACAUAUCGGUCCAAACUUUUCACUUCAACUUAUCUCUGUCGGUCGAGCCAGAACCGUCCCCACGACUGCCAAAUGAGGAUUAUUACACCGGGAAAAAUGGACUUGGAAAGUCACAGGGAGAAGAAAGUGGGUCAAAGUUGCAUCUUUACCGUCAAGAUGGAUUUCUUGAAGUCAAUCACAAUGGGCGCCAUCCUAUUCUGGAGCUCAUGGAACGUGCCGAAAAGGAUUGGAAAGCAAAGUUAGAACGUGCGAGUACGUCGUUGGAAGACGCUGUGAAGGAGUAUAAGAGACGGUACAAGAGGGAUCCUCCGAAAGGCUUUGAUCAGUGGUGGGAUUAUGUCGAAAAACACAAUAUUCAGUUACCCGAUGAGUACGACGAGAUUUACCUUGACCUCCAGCCUUUUUGGGGUAUCAGUCCCUCAGAUCUUCUUGUAAUACAAAAGGAACUCGAAGAAAAAAAGGACUCGUAUACGAUAGGAAAGACCGAGUCUACCAAUGUCACGAUAGUUCGCACUUCUUUCAGGGAAGAACUCCAUCAGCAACUCAUCAAAGGAACUCCAAAUGUUGUAAAUUUGCUCAGAGACAUCGAAGAAUAUCUUCCGCCAUUCCGCGCGACUUUUUCUCCCCAUGAUGGGCCGAACCGACUUUCGGACUUUGAAGUCAAGGACUUCGCUCUUGAAGCUGCAAGUAUGGAUACACAUCUCACUCGCGAAAGUUUCCCGGAAGCUUCAUCUCUCGGCUGGCUUUCCGCUUGUUCACCUAGGUCUCGUGCACGUAACCUACCCGUCCCAUUCAGACAAAAACAAACCGACCUUCUCAACUUGGAUUCUCCGGCACCACCCUCCGAAUCUCCCGUCUUUCCCUACCACUCCUCUUCGACUUUCCAAUACCCCAAUUUUACUCCUGAUAUCCCAAGGACGAAAAAUUUUAUCUUCGACCACCUGAAAACCAUGGAUCCCUGUUCUAACCCGGCUUUGUUCUGGACGCAUGGUCAGUUCUUAGGACGAGAUGAAGGUCCUGCGCCGCAACCGUACUUGGUACCGGAAUUCGCUCCAUGCACGACAACUAUCCAUCAUAACAUUCGUGUGCCUUCCCUCUAUGCAUGGGUGAAUGAUCUUGCAGACACUGAUAAUCCGGAUUGGGAGCUUCGCGAAGACGACCGGCUGUUGUGGAGAGGUAGUAAUACAGGAAUUGGUCAUAGCAAAACAACCAGAUGGAGUAGCAGUCAUCGGAAUUGGAUGGUUAUGUGGGGAAAUGGGGUUAACGGGACAGUUGAUGUGAUGUUCAGUGAGGUAGAUGAUGCUCCUGCGGGGAAACCAAAAACGAUGAGGAGAGCGAGGUUGAAUCCCUCCUUGAUCGACAUGAAGUUUGCUGGUAAACUGCAUUGCUGGGAUGAUGACACUUGUAAGCUCAUUGAGCGUAUAUAUCCGGUUUCGAAAAAGAUGUCAGAGAAGGAGGCUGGGAAUUACAAGUACAUUAUGGAUGUUGACGGCAAUGGUUGGUCCGGACGUUUUAAACGUCUAAUGACCUCCAAGGCCCUGAUUCUCAAGGCAACUAUAUACCCUGAGUGGUACUAUUCGCGUAUCCAAGCUUGGUUCCAUUACGUUCCAGUCCAAGUGGAUAUGUCCGAUCUAUACGAUAUUCUCGUUUUCUUUCGCGGUGAUCCUAACGGCAACGGAUCUCACGACGAGCUUGCGAAGAAGAUUGCCUUGCAAGGAAGAGAAUGGAGUAAGACCUUUUGGAAGAGAGAAGAUUUGGUCGCGUACUUUUAUCGAUUAAUUCUAGAAUACGCUCGAGUGGCGAGCCCGAAUAGGGAGAAGAUGAAUUACACACCUGUUGCUCCGUGA